AUGACUUCCCUGGGAGAAUCGGAAGUCGUCCUGGUCGAUCCAGACGGCGACCUGAUUUUGGAAGUUGGCAAGGAACACGACCUCACGGAAAAUAACGUCAAAGUCUCGCAAAGCAACAAGGGCGACUUGGACGCAGCCCAGCAGCAGACCGCCAAGUCAAAGGUCCUCCGAAUUCGCGUUUGCAGCAAGCUCAUGAUGAUGUGUUCUCCCGUGUUCAAGGCCAUGCUGAACGGACCUUUUCGUGAAGGCCAACUUUCACUGAAUGCUGCCGAACCACCGAUCCUGAAACUGCCGGAUGAUGAGCCGGGGGCUAUGGGGGAACUGUGCAAGAUCCUUCACCACAAAUGUGACAUUGAUGUGGAUGUAUUCCCUGCCUGCGCUGUAUCAACAUCAAUAGCAGCGGACAAAUACGGUUGCGCCACAAUCACAAGGUCAUGGUUCCAUCAUCAGCUCCUGCGGAAGAUCGCUACAGGAGGCGCUUACUCAAGACUGGCCCUUGCUCGGCUCAUUGUUAUAUCGUAUAUCUUGGACGAUGUUGAAGCGUUUUAUUUCUUCUCCAUUCAGGCCUACAAGAGGUGGCGCACAAAAAAAGACGAGAACGACGCCUUCAUUUUCGAGAUCUCGAGCAAUCAUCUUCCACACAAAGUUUCUGAACUUCUCGAACAAGCCGCUGAAACUUACCUUGGAGAACUAAUUACUCGUAACCGUGGGGUUAUUGGCGAUAUCCUCGGUGAUAGGUCCGAGGAUGAUCGAGCAAUCAACUUUACCAUCUACACUUUGAACAGGGAGGUAGAGUUUCUCAAGGUCGGUCGUGAGGGAGUAGGAAUGGUGGCGCAGUACAUUCAAGGAUUGAUUGAGUUUGGUCUUUGGCCUCCGCAAAGAGGUGGCGGACAACCUGCAUCUCUGGAAGAAGCCAUCUGUGUGGUUCGGCAGCUUGCCACACAUAUGAGAGGCGAGCAAACUCAAUGCAAUGACAAGGAUUGUUGGACGUGCAGAUUACAUUGGGGAGUGGUGAUCCGGGCAAUGAUCGACCGUUUUGAACAGGGCCUACAUGGGCUGUGUCUCGUCUGCCUGAAGCGCGGGGAUCUGUCGGCAUCGAACAUAUUGAUCAAUUGCAAAGAGCAUAACAACCGACUCGCCACGGGCGCGUUCGUGGACUGGCGCCGGGACACGCGAGAGUACGCAACCUUGGGGGACUACGAGGAGUAG